AUGUCGACAAUACCCGCCGGCACCAUCCAGUCUGGCAACCCGCCUGUGUUUCCCCUCGACUUCAACGCGAACCAGCCGCCCAAGGUCCGUGUCUAUCCCUUCUCAAACUACACCUUUGGGGUCAAGGAGACGCAGCCCGAAGAGGACCCUUCCGUUAUUGCGCGCCUGAAGCGCCUCGAGGAGCACUAUGCCGAGCACGGCAUGCGCCGCACCUGCGAGGGCAUACUCGUCUGCCACGAGCACAACCAGCCGCACAUCCUCAUGCUGCAGAUCGCAAACGCCUUCUUCAAGCUCCCCGGAGACUACCUGCGGCCCGAGGACGACGAGAUGGCCGGCUUCAAGACGCGCCUCGACGAGCGACUCGGCCCCGUCGGCCGCCUCGGCGAGGACGAGAAGGACGGCGACUGGGACAUUGGCGAGUGUCUAUCGCAAUGGUGGCGGCCCAACUUUGAGACCUUCAUGUACCCCUUCGUGCCCGCCCACGUCACCCGUCCCAAGGAGUGCAAGAAGAUUUACCUCAUCCAUCUGCCCAAGAACAAGGUCCUCAGCGUCCCCAAGAAUAUGAAACUACUCGCCGUGCCCCUCUUCGAGCUGUAUGAAAACAGUGGCCGAUACGGACCUCAACUCUCUGCGAUCCCACAUAUCUUGAGCCGCUACAACUUUGAAUUCGUCGACGAGGACGGCAACGUCGUCAAGGUCACGCCCGGCGACGGCGCCAAAGCUGGCGAGCAACCUCCCAAGACAAAGGUUCUUGCUGGCGACGAUACAGUCAUGAAGGAGGAAAAUGGGACAAACUAG